CCAUCUUGGCGCAAGUGCGGAAGUUGCCGAGGAGUCAAUGAUCGAGGCGGGGAAGGGGCGGGUUCCGCCUGUUUGAUGGUCGGGUAACUGCUGCUGUUGGUGCUGCUGCCGCCGCCGCUGCUGGUGGUGUCGGUCUUUUUUUUUUGUUUUUCCCCCUCCGGUUUCCCAAGAUCGAUAGCAAAAGAAAAUCGCUAUAGAAGAAACAGCCGGAACCAGAACAGAGGAGCAAAUCACACACACCCCACCCCGCGUUAACAACAUUAAGUGAAGAUGGCAGGAAGGUUGCCGGCUUGCGUCGUGGACUGUGGCACCGGGUAUACAAAGCUUGGGUAUGCUGGAAAUACAGAACCACAGUUCAUCAUUCCAUCAUGUAUUGCAAUCAAAGAGUCUGCAAAGGUUGGUGACCAAGCUUCAAGGAGGGUGAUGAAAGGUGUUGAUGAUUUGGAUUUCUUCAUAGGCGAUGAAGCAAUAGAAAAGCCUACUUACGCAACAAAGUGGCCCAUUCGUCAUGGAAUAGUUGAAGACUGGGAUCUCAUGGAGAGAUUUAUGGAACAAGUCAUCUUUAAAUACCUUCGAGCAGAACCAGAGGACCAUUAUUUCCUUUUGACUGAACCACCAUUAAAUACUCCAGAAAACCGAGAGUAUACUGCUGAGAUCAUGUUCGAAUCCUUCAAUGUGCCAGGUCUUUAUAUUGCUGUUCAGGCUGUUCUUGCCUUAGCUGCUUCAUGGACAUCUCGACAAGUUGGAGAACGAACACUGACUGGAACGGUUAUAGACAGUGGGGAUGGUGUUACUCAUGUCAUUCCAGUGGCUGAAGGAUAUGUGAUUGGCAGCUGCAUUAAACACAUUCCGAUUGCUGGCCGUGAUAUUACAUACUUCAUUCAGCAACUUCUGAGAGAUCGGGAGGUGGGGAUACCUCCAGAACAAUCCCUGGAAACUGCAAAGGCUGUUAAGGAGCGCUUCAGCUAUGUCUGUCCCGACUUAGUGAAAGAGUUCAGCAAAUAUGAUACAGAUAGUGCAAAGUGGAUCAAACAGUACACUGGAACUAAUGCUAUCUCCAAGAAAGAAUUCACCAUUGAUGUAGGGUAUGAGAGAUUCUUGGGUCCAGAAAUCUUCUUUCACCCAGAGUUUGCAAAUCCUGAUUUCACACAGCCUAUCUCAGAAGUAGUAGAUGAAGUCAUUCAGAACUGUCCCAUUGAUGUCAGACGUCCACUUUAUAAGAACGUUGUCCUUUCGGGUGGCUCAACUAUGUUCCGAGAUUUUGGCCGUCGCUUACAGCGAGACUUGAAGAGGACAGUAGAUGCCAGGCUUAAACUCAGUGAAGAACUGAGUGGUGGAAAGCUAAAGCCCAAACCAAUAGAUGUCCAGGUCAUCACACACCACAUGCAGCGAUAUGCUGUUUGGUUUGGAGGUUCUAUGUUGGCUUCUACCCCGGAGUUCUACCAGGUAUGCCACACCAAAAAAGAUUACGAGGAGAUUGGCCCCAGCAUUUGUCGCCACAACCCUGUAUUUGGAGUUAUGUCUUAAGGCUGAUCUCUCAAUAUUGUAAGGGCUGAGGGGGGGAUCCUUACUUUUGGGGGCCUGUUAUGUCUGGAUGGGUGGUGUUGCAUUAAUAAAAUGGCUUGACUUUUUAAAAAAAAAACAGAUGACCAAACAGAAUGAGGCCUGCAAAUUUAAAACAUUCAGGGUCUUGAAUUGAUUUAAAUUGUACUAAGUGAAAAUAUUUUUUUCUUUAUAUUAAACAUUUUGGACUAGUUUAUAAGAGAAUUCUAUAAUGGUUUUAGACCAAACUCUGCCCUAAGAUGAGGCAUUUUUCGUGGGAAAUCCAAGACUGACAGGAAUUGAAAGGGUUUUGAAGGUCAGCUCUAUUGUACUUGAAUUGUACUCUUGAAUGGGUAUAAUACAAGAGCUUGUUUAUAUUUCUUACUGAUUUUUUUAUACAUCAAGUGGGGAAAAAUGAGAGAAUUAGGUUAUCUAUGUCAUAAAGUAAAAUAAUUAACAAAUGACAAAAAAAUCUAGUAAGAGUAUGGAGAUAUACUAGUCAGCAAAUAAUGUGCAUAUCAGUGAGCAAUAUCCAAACAUGAAAUAAGAGAAUGGAUUUCUGUAAACUUGUGAUUAAGUGAAACAAACUAGAAAAAGCAGUUAAGCUGCUCCAUUUGCUUUUGAUUGAGUAUUUGACUGAAAAGUGUAACUUGUUGAAAUUCUAUAUUUGAGGAAGAAAAAUACCAAGUUCCCUGGAGAGCGACAUACUUCGCCUGCUAAAUAGUGACAAUUUUUCAGCAGAGGGACAGGAAUUCCAGCAAUUUUAAGCUUUCUUGUAUUUGGAAUUCUUAUUUGCAUAUCUCACUGAGUCAUACCCUAUACUCUUCUACUAGAAGUAUCUUCUCAGAAAAGCCUAAAGAAUUCUUAACAAACCUAGUUUCCAAAAAUUUAUAAGUCGUGUGGCUUUGAUCAUCUGUUCCCAAAAGAAUGAUGAACUGUGUUCCUAAUAUCAAAUGUGGCCACUCCGCAAGUGCUUCAGGAACUAAAACUGUUUCUUACUUAAUUAAACUAACAGAUGCCUGCUAGUGCUUUCUGAUUAUUGAAUGCAUUUUCUUCCGUUUUUUGCUGCAAAAGACUGUUGGACCAGUAUUGUAGUUCUAGAGCCUCAUUUUUGAUUUAAACCAAAUAAUCCAAUGAUCAAAAUGGUGUAUUUAAUGCCUUGCACCAUUCAAAUAAAGAAACAAAAUUCUUUCUAAA